ACUCAAAAUUAACCCAGGUCGAAUUCAAGCAUACAGACUAGUAGAAGCAGGAAAAUGGCUGGAGUGCAGAAGGUUGAGAUCCCAAGGGUGAAAUUGGGAAGCCAGGGACUUGAGGUCUCAAGAUUGGGGCUUGGAUGUAUGGGGCUUACUGGAGUGCUCAAUGCUCCAUUGCCUGAAGAGCAUGGCAUUUCCAUGAUCAAGGAUGCAUUUAACUUGGGAAUCACAUUCUUUGAUUCAUCCGAUGUUUAUGGCGUCGACAAUGCUAAUGAAAAGUUGAUUGGAAAGGCACUAAAGCAAUUACCUCGAGAAAAGAUCCAAAUAGCCACAAAAUUUGGAGUUGUUAAGGUUGAAGCUGAUAAUGUUAUCAUAAAAGGUAAUCCGGAAUAUGUCCGCUCUUGUUGUGAAGGUAGUCUGAAGCGCCUAGGUGUGGACUACAUAGAUCUCUACUAUCAACACCGGGUAGACCAGUCGGUACCUAUUGAGGACACUAUGGAAGAACUCAAGAAAUUGGUUCAAGAGGGUAAAAUAAAGUACAUAGGACUAUCAGAAGCUAGCCUUGACACAAUAAGGAGGGCACAUAAAGUUCAUCCCAUCACUGCCAUACAAACGGAGUAUUCCCUUUGGACUCGUGAUAUUGAGGAUGAAUUAAUUCCGCUUUGCAGGGAACUUGGAAUUGGGAUUGUUCCAUUCAGCCCUCUUGGUCAUGGAUUUUUUGGCGGGAAGGGAAUUAAGGAGACUAUCAAUGAAAAUAGUCUUCUGAAAAAUCAUCCAAGGUUCGAAGAACAGAACCUUAAGCGGAACAAGAUCAUUUAUGAAAGAAUUGAAGGGCUGGCUAAGAAGCAUGGAUGCACAGUUUCUCAAGUCGCACUUGCUUGGGUUCUUCAUCAGGGGAAUGAUGUAGUACCUAUCCCUGGAACAACGAAGAUCAAGAAUCUAGAGGCAAAUAUCGGUGCCUUGAAAGUGAAGCUCACAAAAGAAGAAUUAAAAGAGAUAUCUGAUGCAGUGCCAGCCAAUGAGGUGGCAGGGAACAAAAUACAUGGCCCUCUCUAUCGCGUGUCAUGGAUGUUUGCCAACACCCCACCCAAAGGGCACAAGUAGAUAUCAGAUAUAUACAAAAAUAUGUGAGCUAAUAUAUAUAUAUAUAUAUAUAUAUAUAUAUAUAUAUAUAUAUGUGCAUGUGUUCUCUAUGCUGUGCGUGCAUUUGUUUAUGGAACUCUAUGCAGUGAAAAAUUAUAUAAUAAAGUGAUCAUGUGAAGCCAAAUGAUUUGCCAGUUUUCUAUUUAUCUGGUGUGUCAGAGCCAGUUCAGUGGAGCAUUGUGUAUACGAAAACUUUUGUUUGUGCUUGUGUAAAGUAAUACUUGUUUGGUACGACAAGGAUGACUAUAUUUCAAGCUAGCAUUAAGUCAAACAUCUCUCUC